AUGGGGGCGAUGACGUCAUCUCUCGCGGCGAAAUUCGCGUUCUUUCCGCCGACGCCGCCGUCGUACUCGAUAGUGGAGGACCCGGUAACGGGCAAGCUGCGGUUCGAGGACAUCGCGCCGGCGGAGAACGUGGAGGUCACGUUCCUGGACACGGCGCGCGGGCAGCGCAUCGCCGCCAUGUUCGUGCGCAACCCGCGCGCGCGCCUCACGGUGCUGUACUCGCAUGGCAACGCCGCGGAUCUCGGACAAGUGCACGACCUAUACGUGGAGCUUAGCAACAUGCUGCGAGUUAAUCUCCUCGGGUAUGACUACACCGGUUACGGUGCUUCAUCUGGCAAGCCCACGGAGUUCAACACGUACGCGGACAUAGAAGCCGCCUUCACGUACCUCACCGCACAGCACCGCAUUCGACCGGAGGACAUUGUCCUGUACGGCCAGUCCGUGGGCAGCGGCCCCACCGUGGACCUCGCCUCCCGCACGCCUCGCCUGCGCGGCGUGGUGCUGCACAGCCCUAUCAUGUCCGGGCUGCGCGUGCUGUACGAGGUCAAGACGAGCUUCUUCCUCGAUAUUUUUACGAACAUAGACAAGCUUCCCAAAGUGGAGUGCCCAGUAUUUGUCAUGCAUGGCACAGCAGAUGACGUGGUGGAUGUGUCACACGGGAGGGGCUUGGCGGCGGUGUGCAAGCGGCCGUUUGAGGCGCUGUUCAUAGAGGGCGCGCGGCACUGCGACCUCGAGUUCUUCCCCGAAUACCUCAAGCAGCUCCGCCGCUUCAUUGCCUUCCUGGACCAGCACCCGCCGCCGCCGCUGGCUGAGGGCGAGGAGGACGACAUCGCCCGGCGCGGGAAGAAGAAUGGGGUGGGGAGAGAGGGGGUUGAAGAGAAGUUGGUGAGUGGGGACCCCUCCUCAUUUGCCUUUCUCAUUCCUCUGUCUCUUCUUUGCUUCCCCCCUUCUCACACCCUCUCUCACACCGCUCCUGCUUCAGAAGCCCUCCACUUGAGGAUGGAAAACACCGCUAGUGGGUCUGCACUCCUUCCUCUCUUGAGACGUCUCAAAAGUCUCCUUCGCACUCCCUCUUUCCCACCCACUCCCACCCGCUCCUGCUUCAGAAGCCUUCCUCCUCAGGAUGGACAACACCGCUGGUAG